CAGUGAGUGGACACCGGUCGGAGCGCGCGCUGGCUCCUGUUGCCACAGCAACCACUGAGGAGAAAUCCGUGCAGCUUCUGAAUCCGUAGCAUUACCGCAAUGAGGGGGAUGUAGCAGUUGUGCUCGGACAGAUGGGACCUCAAGAUUGACUGUGACUCACCACAAAGCGAAGAGAAAAAGAAAAUGUGGCGGUAAUGGACGACUGUUAUAUCAAACUGGAGGGACGACGCUUUAAACGACGAGCCGACCUGAGGAAUGAACAAAGAUCUCCAAGAACUCCCAAGGACAAUAUGAAAUUUCAUAGUUGAAGGUCACAAUCAAGUGUGGCCAAACCUGAAAGAAAAUAUCCGUUUUCAGGAUGAUUCUGCUGUCUUUCUCUAUAACCGCGAUUCUUCCACCUCCUCAAUCCACAAUCAGCUAUGGAUAACAACACAAAAUAUGCACUUUGCCCAGACUCUGAUUUCACAGGAAUUGGCAGACGCUUGACGCUUAAUAUGGAGUAUAUUUUGGACCUCUCUGGUGUCGACUGUAUUUAUUUAUCUUUUGUCUUUCUCUAAAAAAAAAAAAGGCUGGGAAAACCCACGCAAGUUUCUGAAUUGCAUGCGAACAGUGAAUGAAGAUACUCAUUUAGCACUAGGUCAUAAAUAUAUCAGGGUGUCAUGGCUUUCUGUUAGAACCGAUAAUCAGCAUUAUUUGCUGCAAGGUUUUGUAAAUGAACAUAAGCAAUUCUUUCAGGUGAAACCAAGGACUCUGCCAAAAUCUAAAAUCUGCUUAGUUUGAACAUUCGCACCUGGUCGCACUCCAUCUCUCAGGAUGAGCCAGAAGUCCGACUCGGAGACCGAGAGCUCCCAGGCGCCUGUGAUUUACACAGUAGAGGAACUGGAGUGCAAGAUCUGCUACAAUCGCUUUGACACCCGGGCCCGCAAGCCCAAGGUGUUGAGCUGCCUGCACCGCGUCUGUGCCAAAUGCCUCAAGAAGAUGGUGGAGCUGGACUCGUCUCCGAGCAUCAUCAGCUGCCCCUUCUGCCGCCACGAGACUCACGUCCCUGACGAGGAGAUCUGGCUUCUUCAAGACGACAGCAACAUCCUGGCCAUUCUGACUUACCAGGACCGGGCUCGCAAGAGUGGUACCGUGCCCAGCGGCGAGGUCCUUUUGACGCCCAACAGCCUGAGCGGAGGAGAGCAGGCGCACAGCUCCUCCGAUUGCCUCGUCAUCACAAUCAUGGAAGUCCCUGGAGAGUCUCAGUCCUCUGAAUCCAUGAGCAUGCUGAACAUGGUGCGCUUGUAUCGGCCAGCCAGUUUGGACUCCUUGCCUUGCCACCUGCCCGUGCAGAAAUGUCGGGCUUGGACGUCCCGUACGGUUCCCCGCUUUCUGAUGGGUUUCCUCUGCCUGGUGUACUUCAGCUCGCUGCCAUUGGGGAUCUACUUGCUGAUGAUCCAGCAGCUCACGAUGGGAGUGAUCCUGGUCAGCUUGGUGCCCUCCACCUUGGUCCUUUGCAUAUUCUACGGCUUCUGCCAGUGUCUGUGCCACGAGAUCAUGGAGGCCAUCGCCACAUAGCACCCGACGAUCAUCGGGCUGAGACUAGCGAGACCUGUAAAAGUACAAAAGCCAAAAGACUGAUGUAUAUCUGUUAGGCCGUGUGUCCACCAAAGCGUUUUUCCACGCGCCUGGCGUAUGUUUUUAAUUGUUUUCCGCGUUUUUUAAA